AUGCCUGCGCCACUUGCCAAAGGCCUUAUAAUUGCCGCUUCUGUCCUGGUCGCAGCUGGCAUCGCCAUAUACGAAAACCCACAAGUCCGACAGUGGGUCGAUCAGUCUCGCCGCAAGAUCGCCGUAGCCCUUCACUCCUUAGGCGAUGAUAUUCAGCCGCGCCGGCAAAGCGAGUCAUCUGAUGAUUAUGAAGAGAGGAAGAGAAGGAGGGAUGAGUUGAUAAGGAUGAAUCGCAACGAGUUGAUCCGGCGAGCUCGCGAGGAAGGCAUAGCAGUCGACCUCGAUGAGCUCGCAAAGAUUGGCACUGAAGAUACCGUACUUGCAGAACAACGGUCACGCGCCAACAGGUCCAAGAGCUUCGAUGAGCUUGUUGGUAGCGACGGCAUGCUUAGGCAGGAUGGAACGACGACCGGCACCGACAUUACACAGGAUGGACUGAGAAAGCGAGGUGUAGCUGGCUUCGCAGCUGGUACAGCCGCAGCAGCAGCUAUGUCGAAUCCUUUUGCAGACGACAACGUCCUUUUCGACAUUGCCGACGACGAUGAAGCUCCUUCGCCCAAGCCGUUUAUCUACGAGGAGCCUACUACUCGCUCACGUUCCGCCACCAUCGAAGCUCAAACGCCACCGAUUGAGGCGCCUGUUGAGCCAUCCGUGCCCCUCAUCGACCUGACCUCCGAACCUCAAUCAGUCUAUCUACAUCCUGAGACCCAACUCCCUUCGCCUGCACCGCUGCAAGCAUCUGAGAUCGAACAAGGCGCGCAGUCUUUCUACUCUUUCACAUCAUCGAAUGACGGCGACCAAGACUUCGAACAUAUGUCUGCUGGCACACUCACGCCACGCUCCGAGCGUUCAGGCACUACAGGCGCUUCUAUUGUGCCCAGUCACGCCGACGAUGUUGCGGUACUGAGCAUGCAGAAUGAUGCAGACCAUGACGCGAGGUCAGAAGUGUUCUCUGAGAGCGGCUUCACAGACGCUGGGUACAGCGAUUUUGAACUCGGAGACAGGACUGGUGUCAUGACUCCCAAUUCGUGGACAGACGUUGGCAGUGACAACGAGAGUGAAUGGGGUGGCCCCCAGGGCAAUGGGCAAGUGAGCCAGAUUCACCAGUAG